UGAUUGGAUGCGCGGAAAAAACAGUGCUGUCAAGAUGUUGCCAUGACGACACAACAAUAACAAACACCAAAAUAUAAUCACUACGCACCAACAGCGUUAUCCAAAUAUCUUGAAAGGCAGUGAAGUUGAGAAGCGAGGGACCAAUAUGUCGGAGCAGAUGAAGUAUAUCGUUAAGGAGCUUAACGCGAGUUUGAAUAGGAACUACGACCUGAUAAAGUUCGACGCUUUAGAUGAGAAGCAACUGCUUCAGCUCUUGGUGGAUUUGCUCGUCAUAUUCAAUGCUGGAGAGAAGCUGGACAUUCGCGAAGAUGACCCUGAGAUGGUGUCAGUGCGUCUUCUGGAGAUGUUGGGUAACGUGAAGUAUCGGCCACCGGCAGGCGUGGAGCCCACCCGGUUUCGGGCGCAGCUGCUAGCCGGAGACGCGCGGACCGUCCAUCAUGUCCUACACUGGCUUUUAGCCAACAAGGACCAGGUGAAAAAGACUGCAUAUUUGGCCAAGUAUUUGAAACUCCCCGACAUUCCAACGGACGUGGCCCGCAACAACAACAUUCAGGACCUUCUGGAUCUCUAUCAGAAUUUGAUAGACGAAUUCAAGGAAGUACACAAACGAACUAGACUGCUGGAGAAGGAAAACGCUUCGGAAAUUAUUAACGAUAUCAAGGAAAUGGCAGUCGAAAGGGAUAUUGUAAUUAAGCGCCUAGAAAAUGUGCAAGUAAAUCUGGUUGAUGUUUAUGACAAGGAGGAGCUGCUAAAUGUCAGCAAAACUCUUCGAAUUCAACAGGAAAAGGCGAAGGAACUGGAGAAUCAGUACGAGACCCAGCAAUCACAACUGAAAACAGCAUCUGAUCAGUUGAAGAGAUACCUGAACGUGAUACACGGACAGAGCGCCGCACCUAAAUCGGUGAACGAAGUCAUUAAACAUUUACAGGAAGAAAUUCAAUUGAACAAUUACCUGGUAAAGGAGAAACUGCCCCAAGAGACGAGCCAUCUUCAACAGGAGCUUAACAUUAUGCAGACGGUCGCCGCAGAGCAGCAUCCCACCAGGUCUGACCUGGUCGCUGUACAGGACAAGAUAUCAGCAGUGAACAACGAGUUAGAAAGCCUGGUGCAGAGGAAGCUAGCGGCGGCGGGUCCUCAGGAGGACAAGCUAGCACCAUUCAGGCAGCAGGCCUCUAUCAUCAGACGCAACAAGGAGGCCAGUGCUGCGAGGGUGCACGAGCUCGCAGCUACGCUCAAGGAACACGAGGCCACGCUUGCCGAUCUGCAGUCUCAGGUGAAACAGCUAUUAGGCGACACCGUGCUUCGCGGUGAGGAAUUGAAGAAAUACGUCAAUACGCUGCGCACAAAGAGCACUGUAUACAAGCGACAGAGAGCCAAUCUCUCCACGUUCAAGGUUGAGGCAGGAAUCUUGGCAAGAACGCUUCAUAUUAUCAGUACUAAUGAUCCUACGGUUGAAAUGGCUCUAGUUAAUCAUAAGAAGCUUAAAAUUGAAGAUGAUGAGAUGGAGAAAGAGCCGAAUAAAACUGAUGACUUGAAAAAGAAGUCGCUUCAUGACCUUUCGCAGUUGGUAGCACAGACGGCACAAAAGUUGUCGCAAGUUCGCCAAGAAAUCCAACCUCUUGCAGACAAAAUCAAACCCAUAAAAGAGGAGUUCCAAACUGUACAACAACAAUACGAACAGAAAAAGAGGGUGUAUGAGUCAACAUCCAUCAAUAUAACAUCACAAAUGGAACCUCUAAAGAAUCAAGUGAAAGGUCUCACUGACCAACUGAAUAGCAAGGAGGAUGAAUGGAAAAACUUGAGGCAAAAAAUAACAAAAGCGGAAAGUUUGCAAGAAGUUGUAAUGUCCGAGAUGAAAAACUCAAUGCAGUCCCCUAGGAAGCCUUCAAAGAUGGAGGCGCUAAAGACUAAGGUGUCUGAAGUUGAGAGAAUUAUUAAGAAUUUGGAAGAGGAGCAACGUGCGAUUUCCUCGCGGCAGGGCGUGGUGGAGGAGCAGACCCGGCUGUGGGAGGGCACACUGCAGCUGGUGCGCAGUAAGAUGCGCGUGCGCAACGAGCCCGCUGCGCGGCAGGGGCGUAUGCACAUCACGCAGCAGACGCAGAUGUUGACACUCACGUAGUGUAGACUAAGCAUA